AUGCCUCCAGGGCGCCCACCAAAACGCAGCAGACCACUUGACCCACAAACCGUGCCGUCACCUGCUUCUACCUCCAACCCAGGACUCGGCUUCAAUGCAGACACACCCGCCCAAAACAGUAGCCAGGACUCCUCGUCCCCUCUCUCGUCCACCUCUUUCGCCCAUGGUGGCCAUGGCGACCCCCACCGCCACUUGACUCCCUUCCUCAACACCACCUUUUCCACCCACCGCCUGUCGCCCCUGCACAUCGGCUCCCAGCCCCUGACGGAACAUCGAAUACAAACCGUGUCCCAACGUCUUCGCGACUUUCUGGUCGGUGACGUCGUGAGAGGCGUUGACGUGGGCCUCGAUCGCCCUACCGAUGAGGGGGCCAUGGCCAGGGCUGGUGCCCUGGAGGCCGUGUCUAUUUCCUGGCUCGGGAUGCAUGCACCGGAACCCGAUGACGGCCAAGCUGUAGCCACGCCCGGCUCGAGGAGGAGCACUCGCUUGGGGCUUGAACCUGGUGGGACAAAGGGCAUACACAUUUCACUGCAGUAUGAGCAUGCCGAAUGUGCGGCACUGCUGCUGCCGUCCGCCGAGGACUUUGCACUACCCCCGGAAGAUGUAGCGACAGCUUCUAAGCUGGCACUGUUGGCUCAAGACCCCCUACUUGACUUCGCCCCCGCCAAACCUGUCAGGGACGACCCUAGCUUCCUACACCUACCUCUCCUGCUGAUGCGCAUGCCCGCUCCUCUCAAAGCCAGUCUUGUCUCCUUCCUCAGCCGCACCUUCGAUUGUCGGGUCAGCCCCCUGAGCCUCGGCACGCGGAGCCUGGUGCGUUCUCUGGAGAAGUGGGCGGGUGAACUUAGUGCGGAGACCCACUUCGACGCUGUCAAAGACGUGGUGCUCACGAUGGGUUUCCAUGCCCCGGCGGUGAUGCGAUGUCGGCAGCGGAGACUGCCGCAUGAAAAGCAACAUCAACCGACAAGAGUGGGCGAGGAGACGCAGACUCAAUACGAGGAGGAGGAUGAUGCUUCAGAGGCGUCCGAGUCUGCCCUGGGGGUCAAGUCCAUUGAAAUCAUCAUUCCCGGUGCUGACCUUGUGCGCCUUGUCACUGCGAGUAAGAUACGCGAGGUGGCGGAAGAUGCGCCUGCGGGUCAGAUCCGGGACAGGCGCAAGAGGGCGGGAUCUCAAUAUCGAGACCCGUAUUUCGAGGCCAAGCGCAGGAGACUUGGAGGCGAUAAGGACGAGGAGGGGUGGACCUGGCGGCAGUGGGCUGACACGUCGGAGCAACCCGGUGGUCUACCGCAGCCGUUCACUGAUGCCCUCGCCCAAUACGUGUUGCAACAUCUCGCUCUGGAUAUGUUUCAUCCAGCAGUUCGAAUAUCCAAGGUUGCCUGCGGAGGCUUCGUGCUGUCCGAGGGGCGGGUCAAGAUUUUCGGCCCGCCCACGAGCGCGGGUGUCGACCACGGAAUUCCAGAUGCCAAGCAGCAGAGGGCCACAUGGGGCGUCUUAGACGUGCUCCUGGAGAGGUCUCGCGUAGAAGCGCCAGGCGAGAAACCGUGGGAAGGAGGUGUGAGGCCUGUCCAAUCGACAGGCCAAUAA